AUGGUUCUUAAAGUCCAAAAUCCAAACAGUAUUAAAGUAUAUACUGUUUCAGGGGAAGGUGUAUCAGAAUCUUUACCAGAGUGGCUUAUUCGAAAGAAAAAACAAAGUUUAAAAAAAAACGCAGAAUGGCGUUCUCGGAUUGAACUUUUACAAGAUUUUGAGUUUCCAGAAGCAAGCAACAAGAUUAAAACAACUAGAGAUGGAAAAUAUGCAAUUGCAACAGGAAUUUAUAAACCACAUAUGAGGAUUUUUGAGUUUUCAGAAAUGUCUAUGAAAUUUAGUCGAUAUACAGAUGCAGAGAAUGUAAAUUUUGAAAUUUUAUCAGAUGAUUGGACAAAAACAGUUCAUUUACAACAAGAUCGUUCUAUAGAAUUUCAUACUCAAGGAGGGCUGCAUUAUCGUCUUAGGAUUCCUAAAUUUGGUCAUGACAUGGGAUAUCAUUUUCCCACUUGUGAUUUAUUAAUUGCUGCCUCUGGUGAUGAAGUUUAUCGCUUGAAUCUUGAUCAAGGGCGUUUUUUAAGUCCAUUCAAGAUAGAAAGUCUGGCAAGCAGUGGCUCAGGAGCAAAUAAAAUGGGUGUCAAUACAGUAAAUAUCAAUCCUGUACAUCAACUUUUUGCAUUUGGAACAGAUAAUGGAACUGUUGAAUUUUGGGAUCCUAGAUAUAGAUCAAGGAUUAGUAUAUUAGAUGUCCAUGGGUCUUUAAACCCUCUAUUUCCAACAAAAACUACAGAAGUGACUGCCACUAGCUUUAGGAAUGACGGAUUAAACUUUUCUGCAGGCACUUCUACGGGCAUUGUAUUAUUAUAUGAUUUAAGAAGUCCUAAAGCUUUAUUGCAAAAAGAUCAAGGGUAUGAUAGCCCAAUAAAAUCCAUAAAAUGGCUAGAAUCACAUAAUUCAAUAUCACAAUUAAUUUUGACAUCAGACAAAAAAAUUAUAAAAAUAUGGGAUAAAAAUUCUGGAAAACCAUUUACAUCGAUUGAACCGCCAGUUGAUAUUAAUGAUGUCUGUCCAUUGAAUUUUACAGGCAUGAUAUUUGUUGCUAAUGAAGGAUCUCCAAUGCAUAUAUAUUAUAUUCCUGAAUUAGGUCCUGCUCCUUCAUGGUGUUCUUUUUUGGAUAAUUUAACAGAAGAAAUGGAAGAAAAUCCUAGUGAAAAUGUUUAUGAGAAUUAUAAAUUUUUAACAAAAAAAGAAUUAAGUUUUCUUGGUUUAGAUCAUCUUAUUGGCACCAAUAUAGUCCGUAGUUACAUGCAUGGUUUCUUUAUUGAUUUCCGUCUUUAUGAAAUGGCAAAAAGCAUUGCAAAUCCUUUUGCAUAUGCAGAAUAUCGCGAAAAAGUUAUUAAAUCUAAAAUUGAAAAAGAAAGAGAAUCUCGUAUACGCUCUUCAACAAAAGCAACUAAAGUUAAUAAUAAACUGGCACAACAUUUAUUAAGUAAAGAGGAAAAAUAUAUGAAAAAGAAUAAAAAUAAAAAAGAAACAAGUAUUUUUGAAGAUGAACGUUUUAAAGAUAUUUUUAAUGAUCCUGAAUAUGAAAUCGAUGAAAAUACUUUAGAAUUUAUGCAAUUGAAUCCAACACAAUCGACAAAAAAUUAUCAGAAUACAGAAUCAGAAGAUAAUUUGGAAAGCGAGAAAGAAUCUGUCACAGACUCUUUCUCAUCUUCUGAAACGGAUGAAAGCUACGAUGAUAAAAUUAAUAAUAACCAAAAACCUAAGACUAUAGUAUCAAAAACUAUGAAAGAAGAAUUGAAAAUGAAGAUUAUUGAUCAUCAUCGACCGCAACUUAAUACCACACAAAAUGAAUCAUUUGAGUCAUUAAUGAAAAUACAAGAACAAAAAACAAAAGAAAAAGAAUACGAUUUAACAGUUAAAAACAUCAAACAAAAUGUGAAUGGUGUCGGAAAUAUGGAAAUAACAUUUUCUAUACCUAAAAAGAAAAAUAAUGCUUAUAAUAAUGAUGAAAAUAAUCCAUCAACAAACAAUAAUACAAAACAAAGAGACCGACGGAGCGCGAGCAAAAAUGUGUUUCGAAAUAUAUAA